CACUGAAAGAGAUUAGGGCGACAGCAGAGGAAGUUAAAUUGUGCUGCAUAUAAAAUGGGCGGGCUGCUCUUUAUAUAUUUGGUUGGUAGAGUCUAUUCUAAAAAUUGACGGUCUGCGCUUGGAUAAAGUGUCCAUGCGCUUUAUUAACACGCACGAUUAUUGAACUUAAACCGUAAAUCUGAGAGGUGCUUUGCCGCAUUAAGCCGUAUAUGUUAGUUUAGGACAUUGUUGGUGUUGUUGCUGACAGACUGAGAGAGUUGAACUCACUACAGCACCACCAAUGAACAGUGAGAGAGACCUGCGCAUAUCGUCAGCAGCCGCUUCUCCAGCCUCAAGCUAAAAUUCGUCAGAUCUGAGAUCACAGAGGAUUUUUUCUCAUUCAGUUCGGCUCGAAAAGAUAUUCUGAAAAGUUUGAGGAUAUAGCCAGCGGACACCGAAUAUAAACCCGAUUCAUCUGCUCAGUGAAAGGUCCUCAUAUUGCAACUAUGUAUGGACGGAGCAGGACGGCCUUUCUGUGUCUGUGGGCUUGCUUGCUCGCUGCCAACAGCGUGAUGGGUGGGAAAAGCUCUGGGCAGAACGGCAUGACAGAUGAACAGAAAGAUAACACUACAGUGUUCACCAAGAUCUUAGACAGCCUUCUGGAUGGCUAUGACAAUCGCCUCAGGCCAGGACUGGGAGAGCGUGUAACUGAAGUCAAGACUGACAUUUUCGUGACUAGUAUUGGGCCAGUUUCGGACCACGACAUGGAGUACACCAUCGAUGUCUUCUUCAGACAGAGCUGGAAGGAUGAAAGGUUAAAGUUCAAAGGCCCGAUGGCUGUGCUGCGUCUCAACAACCUCAUGGCCAGCAAGAUCUGGACCCCCGAUACGUUCUUCCACAAUGGGAAGAAGUCAGUGGCUCACAACAUGACCAUGCCAAACAAGCUGCUGCGAAUCACAGAAGAAGGCACCCUGCUGUACACCAUGAGGCUCACAGUACGAGCAGAAUGUCCCAUGCAUCUGGAAGACUUCCCUAUGGACGCCCAUGCCUGUCCGCUGAAGUUCGGCAGCUAUGCCUACACUCGAGCAGAGGUGGUGUACGUGUGGACCAGAGGGGCCGCUCAGUCCGUGGUGGUGGCAGAGGAUGGCUCCAGAUUAAACCAGUAUGAUCUCAUGGGGCAGAGCGUAGACUCUGGUGUUGUGCAGUCCAGCACAGGAGAGUAUGUUGUGAUGACAACCCACUUCCACCUGAAGCGGAAAAUUGGUUACUUUGUGAUCCAGACAUAUCUCCCCUGCAUCAUGACAGUCAUCCUCUCCCAAGUGUCUUUCUGGCUCAACAGAGAGUCCGUCCCUGCCAGGACUGUGUUUGGAGUGACCACUGUCCUGACCAUGACCACACUCAGUAUCAGCGCUAGGAACUCCCUCCCCAAAGUGGCCUACGCCACAGCUAUGGACUGGUUCAUCGCUGUCUGCUAUGCCUUUGUCUUCUCAGCCCUCAUUGAGUUUGCUACAGUCAACUACUUUACCAAGAGGGGUUACGCCUGGGACGGGAAAAGUGUGGUACCAGAGAAGCAAAAGAAGAAGAAGGAGUCCCUCAUAAAGAAGAAUAACACCACAGCCUACCCAGCUGCCACUGCUACAGCCUUCGCCCCCAAUAUUGCCAGGGACCCUGGAUUGGCCACAAUUGCCAAAAGCGCCCCGCCACCUCCGACUGAGCCCAAGGAGGAGCCAAAGCCCAAACCUCCAGAGGCCAAGAAGACCUUUAACAGUGUGAGCAAGAUAGACAGGAUCGCCAGAAUAGCCUUCCCUCUGCUCUUUGGAACCUUUAACUUGGUCUACUGGGCGACCUACUUGAAUAAGAAGCCCAAAUUGCAGGGGAUGAAUCCACACUAAUCCAUGUUUCAUUCCUUUUAUGAAAUUAUAACUGUAAUUUCUCUCUCUUUUUUUUUUCAUAUUUUUUUCUUAUUCCUCUUGAAAACAGGUGUUUAUUUUCAGACAAACAUGGUGUCCAUGCUGGUUUGAAUUCCCAGUUGUUGCAUUGCUUCUAUGUUUACCUAAAGUUUGACUUUCAAAAAAACUAAAUAGAGAAAAAAACAGAGAACGAUAACAAUACAGACUUUUGAAAGGGUGUUGUUCAGGUCUCGGAUGAUGCUAUUAAGAAAAUGCUACUAUAAAUAUAUAGCCAAGAGAAUGCUAUUCUACAACUGCACAUGGCCCAAACUUGUUUAGGGGCUUUCGUUUCUAUGGGUUUCUUUUCUUUCAUUUUUGUUUAUUUCAUCAUGGAUUCACAGACACGGUAAAAGGCACUUGUGUAUAUGCAUGGUCAGGGCAUCUUAUUAUUUAUGUUCAUUUAUUCCAAAUAUAGAAUAACAUCGACAGAUAGCUUAGUUUAUUUGAUAUCAGCAGUGAGACGCAACGCUCAGUCUCUGUCAAAAUGUCUUCAAUUCUCUGUAGAAGUUUUAUGAGAUUAAUUAUGUCAUCCUUCUAAAUAUUUUAGGGGUUUCUGCAAUAGCAAUAAAACAUGUCUCAGUGGACACACCAUUUAUUUAGGGAUUAAAAAAAGACAAAAAUCCAAUCAUCUCUGUGCUGAAAAUAUUCUUAAGUUCCUUUCACAGCGUUGUAAAUAUUACCAAGUGUUAGAGAUGUCAAUAUUAUGUUUAAGCUUUGCAGAGUGUAACUAAAGGGUAUGUUUAUUAAAUACAUGGAGAGUAAACUUUAUUUAUUUUUGUUUAUGUUUAUGAUAAUUUCUACAAAAAAAAAAAGAUUAUAAACUGGUCUUAUUCAUGCUUAAUUGACUGUUUCUCACCAUGUUAGCAUUCCAUUCAAAAGCUGCUUUCAUACUGAAGUUAUUCAAAUGUGUGUUUGCAACACACUGACAGAAACAACAGCAACAAAAACAACAGUGUAAACUGAGAUUGGCUUGUAAGAAUGUAAAAAAAAAAAACAUCUCAAAUCCUGGAGUGCAUUUUAAAAUAGUAUUAAAGCUUUCAUUAUUUACAUUUUAUGUUGUUUUUUAUUCAUGGUGGGGCCUCAUUCGCCAAAGCGCCAUUCAUAGCAAAGUACCGUUAGCUUCGCUUAAAAAGGGGCGGGGCACAAUAAGAAGGAGGAGAAGUGCCUUUUCCAGUUUCAGAGUCGAAGCUUCAAUUGGUUGCUACUUUGUUGAUUGAUGGCGCGUCUGUGUUUUCCAUCCCACUGUGUUCCCUCGGUUCUCCAUAGUCCCCGUUCAUUUUUUCGGUCAAAAAAAUUGAGACGUAACACUCAGAAAGUACCAGCUACACUGCCUUCAGUAUCACAUGCCCGUUUGGACUCAUUUGUUGCUGCUUGUCGGUGAGCAACAGCGAGAGGCAAGGACAGAGACGGAUAGAGAGAGAAAGAGAGAGAAAGAGAGUGGCACUGUAAUCUUGCUUUAGCCGGCACUGUGUUUCGCACAGAAGACUCGUCUUGUAGUUCUAUGAUAGUGAUGAAGAUUAAUAUAUUUUUGUAGCAUGAUGUCAAUCCCUCUUCCGAGAAAAUUAAAAAAAACAAACAGAACCUAACGCAAAUGUGAAAAGAAUGCUUUUGUUUGUUUUGUGUUGAACAUAGCUUGCUCUGUUUUCUUUUGACUUACUGAAAUGCUUCUUCUCUGACGUGGCACGUUGAGGUUUCUGAACAGUCCAUUUUAGAUUAUGUUAAUGUAGCAAUAUUACUUAGCAAGGGCUUAUCUUAGGACCUGAACCUGACACUCAGUUUGGGGGAAAAUAUCCAUUGUAGCUUUACAUGACCCCUCUCUUACUUGUAGUUUUAUCUGUGUAAUUUACAUGGAAACAUAGGAGCUAUUUAGUCACCACAUUGUGUGUCCAUCUUGGGUUCUGAAACCUUGGGCUCCUGUUCUUGACAUUUCUGGCCAGGGAGUGGGAGUGCAUUGUAUUGCAUUAUGGGUUGUGGGCGUGCAUCUUUUGAAUUUGUUUUACAGGGCACUGAACAGGCCAAAAGGCAUGCAGGAACCCUGCAGAGUUCUCUGUGUGUUUGUGCGCUGGGGUGAAGAGAUCAAGCUAAUGCCAGAGGGAAAACGAAAGAGAGGGAUCGGUGGUUGUUGCUAUUGUUAUUAUUUGCAUUAUCAUUAUGAACCUUUCCCAUAAUGGUGGAUGUCUUUGCAAACAAGCAGUCCACCGUUAACAGCCACUUAACCAAGCAGAGGGUAAAGGAGCAGCGAAGUUCAGGGUGAAGAGUUGUAUAAAGAUAUUUGAAUUCUAAACUAUUGUAUGUAUGUUUAUUAUCAUGAAGAAAAAAUCUAUAUACAUAUGUAAAAUACAUAAUGCAUACAGUAUUUGAUUCUAUUAAUGAAGAUAUUAGCUAAGAUGAUGAUGAAUAUUGUUUGUAUUAUCAACCUAUUGUUAUGCAUUUUGCACAUUUAGAAGAACAAUAACAUUACAUUUAUGUAGUCAGCUUCGUGCUAUGCAAGGACAGCUUUGAACCACAUCACUGACCUUCUCUCCCUGCCCAUUGUGUUGCAGAUUUACAAGCUAUUACAUUAAAAAAACAAAGAAAAAAGAAAAAUGCUUAGCUUUUAUAUCAGCUUCGAACACAUUAGCGCUUUUUUUUCUUUCCACCAUGGCUAUACAGGGUGUCAUCAAAGAAAAAACAGCGGAUUAUCACUUUUGUUUGCGCUAUGGAUUUGCAGAUGGUUGAAGGGAAAAUGGCUUUCAUUGUUGAUUGCACUUUUUCUCCAGAGACAUGCAAUAAAGUGAUGGAACUGGAAAAAUCACAGGAGCAAAAAGACUGUAACAAGAUCACCUUGUUGACAACAUUUCUGUUCAUUUCUUGAGCUUGUUUGUCAUUUCAGAAAUGAAGGCCGGUGAACAAAAAAUGUUCGUUUUGCUAAAUGGAUCAUUUUGUUUGCUUUCUGAAGCUAUCUUACAGGGAGCACCAGAGAGUGUUGACUUUGAGACAAAAAAAAAGUGAAUUUUGUACAUGUUUCUGUUGGGAAUAUCUUUGCUAAGCCCCUAUCUUGUACUCCAAGCAGGACUGAAGAAAUGCUGUAGACCAUUUGCAAAUAUUUUUAAGACCAGGUCUGGUUUUGCUACAUUUACUGCUCCAGAGAGAGAAUGUGAAAUAUGAGGCACAGUGCAAUCAUGAGCUUCCAACUUUUACCUUCACAGUCAUGCAGAGCGAUCAUGUAAAUAUCACAUUUGUAGGCACAUCACUCAUUUAUUUCCUCAUGUUUGAUGCAAGGUCCAUUGCAGUUCUCAGCAGCACUUGCUUUUAAACAUCGAGUCUUUGGUUAUUCCUAGAUACCUACUGGAGUUUUUCUUGUAUUUUUAUCAAGCAAAAUAUGUUCUGAUUUUCACUGAAAUGUAAAAAAAAAACUAAUUUUCUAAAGCACAAAUGUUGAUUAGACUAAGAGAAAUAGAGUGAGACUGCUGUAUACAUAUGGACAUACACACUUUCAGAAUGCACACAGGCACACAUACCCACACACAGUACACAGGAAUGUGUUGGUAGUUCAAUGAUACUGACGAAGGGUUUUGAUGGAUGUAGAUGAACUGGUGAACCUUCUGUAAAUGUUUUCUUUUGUUUUUUUUUGGUUAUGAUA